AUGUCGACAGAAGUCCCCAACAGCGGUGCUGCCAAUCAGCUCACUGCGAAACUCAAGUUCGUGCCCACACAAGAGCCUCUUUGCCUGCGCGACGAAGUGGCGGCGGUGAUCAAGCCCUGGUCGGAAACUCGCGAGUGUCCUCCAUUCACGACCGAGGAGCUGAUCGUACUCGCUCUGGUUAUGAUAGAGGAGGAAGAGCCUGAUCGUAGUCAAGUCCUUGCCUGGAUCUAUCGAACCUUCCAACACUAUGGUGACGAAGUUCACGAGAACUACGCGAAUUUCCAAGUAGACCUCGCGCACCACCGCCGUGGCUCGUCAUUGAAGUGGACCAUUCCCGACUUCUUCCUUGCCAUCCGCAGCUUCGACCUCCCUUGCGAGCACUCCGAUCCGGUAGAAGAGCUCAACACGAGGCUCAAAGUCUCCCUCCCAGCCGCUCGAGUACAUCUGCGUCAGUAUCUGGAGCCUGCACGUCAAGGAACAUUCGAUUUCCCCGGGCUCUCGGCUGAAUUGCGCGAGAAGAUCUGCAAAAUGCUACUAGUGUAUCCAGACGAGGGGUUCAAGUGGCGAUUUCCGAUCGUGACGGGCGAGCAGAGACUAAUGUAUGAGUUCACUGGUCUUGCUCCAGAAAAUCUCACAGUUGAGCGCACGGGAACGAUAAAACGACAGACCCUGAUUCUUCCAGUGAUGAGCGAUAUGCUCUGUAUCCUGCGCGUCUCGAAGCAGCUGUACUCCGAGGCUUUGCCCGUUUUCUAUGAGAAGAACACGUUCUGCUUCAACAGCCUACGUGCUCUUGAAUUGGCAAUGCGCUCGGACGACGACAAGAGCAAGGAAGCUAAACAACACAUCCGCCACCUUCACGUUGCCGUGUUCUGUUCCGACCCAUUCAGCUCAUCAUUGGCCAGAGACCUCGCUCGACUUGUCACACAACUCGACGACCUCGCCCCGAAGCAAUUAGUGCUCCACCUGCCACACGAUCAAGACCAGUUCCUUGCAGAGUGUCGGAAGCAUCCCGAGUACCCUUGGAUGUCCAACCUCAACAUAUUAGACAAGAUACCGGGAAUGUUGGACAUUUUGGCUCUCGCGAAGCGCGCGGGGAACAUUGAGUGGCAUGGUGAUGGCAUUUUCAAGAUGUGGUUGCUGAGCAGAAUGCGGAAAUAG